AUGAACAACACUCAAGUUGAUCAGCCAUCGCCACCCCAGUCGGUACACGAUUCCGAAGACGAAUCGCCCCCUGGACCGGAGCACGCCUCGACAGACGGCGAGCCAUUGUGGGACAUGGAAGCUUCUGAUUCAGAUUUCUAUACAUAUGGGGCGAAGGCUUUGAGAGAAGUAGUCCUUCGAUCUGGUCACCAUGGUUAUUCUGAGAUCAAAGCGAUGCUGGACAACGGACGAGUGGAGGUGGAAGAGAAGGGCCCGGAUGGCCGAACUGCCCUUUCGGUAACCAUUCAGGAACGCAUGUAUGACAUUGUGGAAUUGCUUCUGAAAAAGGGGGCCGACCCCAAUACUCGGGAAGAUCGAAACCGUACCCCAUUCUUUUGGGCCACUACGCGAAGCAUAGGUGGCACUAUGCAAGGCAUAUUUGCCUUCCGUUCCAGUUAUAAUGUCAUGAUUGAAUUACUCCUGCAGGCCGGGGCAGAUCCGAAUUUAACAGACGACGAAGGGAACUCCCCGCUGGCGUUGGCUGCUGCUAUAGGAAAUGAAGAAUUCGUGAAGCUGGUCGUCGAGUCUGGUCUUGCCAAAAUCAACACGCAGGGGACGAGGAGAAAACUCCACUGA